AUGGCUGACAUUGAAAAAAUGUUUCAUCAGGUCAAAGUAUCAAGGAUAGAACAAGAUGCUCUUCGUUUCGUUUGUCGAGAAAACACCAGCGACAAUAUCGAUGACUUUGCCAUGCAAGUACAUUUAUUUGGUAAAGUAGACUCUCCUUGUUGCGCGAAUUACGCUCUUCGACAAACUAGUAUCGAUCACGAUCGCGAAAUCGUAGACGCUAUCACGAAAAAGUUUUACAUGGAUGAUUAUCUGGACUCCAUGAAAACGGUAGACGAAGCCGCAUCGAUUGCAAAAACCUUGACAAAAGCAUUGAAAAGUUGUGGCUUUCGUUUAACAAAAUGGCUUUCAAAUUCUUGUGAAAUUCUUAAGUGUUUUCCAAAUACCAAAACCGUAAUCAACGUCAAUCUAGAUCUAAACAAAUUACUGACUGAAAGAGUACUUGGUAUGUUAUGGAAUCCAAAUACUGACUAUUUCACAUUCAAAGUUGUCAACAAGCCAUCACCUGAAACUAAAAGAGGUAUAUUAAGUUUAACAAGUUCAAUAUUUGACCCACUUGGCAUCUUAACACCAUUCAUUUUAGAAGGAAAACUUAUCAUCCAAUCUUUGUGGAAAUCCAAAAUAGACUGGAAUGAAGAAAUACUAACCGAAUUAAAAACAAGGUGGUUGAUGAGCUGGAGAAGUGAACUGGAGAAACUAACAUCGAUCAGCAUUCCUCGAUAG